AGUGUCCAUGCCCCAUAGUACCCCAUCUUCCAGCAGUCCGGAGGGCCAUAGAUCCCACACCACCACUUAACCUCAAAGCAUCAUCGUCAUCGUCAACCUUAUCUCCGUCGACACCAAAAGGAGAUCUUUAUCCUGUGAUUUUUCUGCCCCCAAGAAACCACUUUGAUCCAUCGAUCGAUCACUAGCACAUACAUAUGCAGGCAUAUAUGGAGGGAGGCCACUUGGGUGCUUGCCUUCCUAGCUUCCUCGUGCCGGAUCACUACGCCUUCCCUCUUCCUCUUCCACUUCAACUACCGAGCCAACCAAAUAAGCUUCUCCAGAUGCCGUUUGACCAGGAAGAGGCCGAGAACUAUGGCGUGAUGCUCUCCUCCGACCAUUGUGGGCUAUACCAGCUGCCGGCACUGCCGUUGGGCUGCUCUGGCACCGCCUCAGCCGCCUGCGGUGGGAAGCCUAUGGCUGGUUUCAUCCCUAGUACUGAUGAGGUCUGCACCUCGGUGACGAAAGGUUGCAACGAGAUCAGUACAAGCACAUGGUGGAAGGGCUCGGCUACCAUGGCGGAGAGAGGGAAGAUGAAGGUGAGGAGGAAGAUGAGGGAGCCGAGGUUCUGUUUCCAGACUAGAAGCGACGUGGAUGUGCUGGAUGAUGGCUACAAGUGGAGGAAGUACGGGCAGAAGGUUGUCAAGAACAGCCUCCAUCCGAGGAGCUACUUCCGGUGCACGCACAGCAAUUGCCGCGUGAAGAAGCGGGUGGAAAGGCUGUCGACGGACUGUCGCAUGGUGAUGACCACGUACGAGGGCCGCCACACGCACUCCCCCUGCAGCGACGACGCCUCCUCCGGCGACCACACCGACUGCUUCAGCUCCUUCUGAACCUUGCUAUACGCCGCCAUCCGCCGGCAGUCAAGUCGAUCAGAGGCAGCAGCGAGAUCGAGCGCAUCGCAUACAGGAGCAGCAAAACAGUGCAGCCCAGUUGAUCCGCGGCUUCUUUUAGAUCUCGUCAGUUUUGCCGGAUGGACACAGAGAACUUUGCAGCUGUGCACUGUCAUAUGUGUGUACUCAUGUGUAAUACGAUGCGAUCGCUCGUCGGCGACCUUGCAAAUUAAAUAUGAUCCAUGCAUCCAUUGAAUGUACGCGCUCAUGUAGACCCAUCAAAUAAAUUAAAUUAAAGCUGCACGUUUUCUCCCA